UAAAGAUCGAUAAAGCUUUUUGAGCCCAUGUGGUGAACCGUGGGGAGGUGAAGCCGGUGAAGCAUGGUGAGGCCACGGGAUUGUGGCAUGGCCUUCGCACUUUCCAUCACCGCACUUGCACUUGCAGCACAUCCAGCACUUGCAGCACUUGCAGCACCGCAAGAAUGCGACGAGGAUUUGUGCCAUAUGUCCCAUCUGCAAUUGCAGGUCAGUGGCAUUCCAAAUGCGACGAAUUGGGCUGCGCUUGGCGGCGUGUGCCUUGCCGAGCUGCCUGAAGAGUACCUGACACAGCCUGUCAAUGAUGUGCUGCAAAAGCACGAAUGGAAGGAACAGGACGGAUGGUGCGUGUUUGGUGCCGUGGACAAAUGCAUCAGCGGCUGCGCAGUGUGCCGCAAGCUGACUUUGAAGUUUAUCAGCAGGAAACCCCGAACCGGGUUUUCAAGAACGCACGCCCCAAAACGCUCCGCUUUCCCAAUGGCUCUCUGCUGACCCUUCGUGAGUAUGACUCCCCGAUGCUGGACAUUUACUGUUACAUGAAGGGCUAUUACGACAUGGACCGCGAAAAGUUGGUAAAUGAUUUUGACUAUCUUGAGAAGAUCUCGGAAGCACAAUGUGCAAGCGCAGGUUGGCAGAAUUCUGAGUUGUCACUGCAGGACGUCCAUGACCUAUAUCUGCGUGAAACGGAGAUUUUGGCACUCCUAAUGGCUGAGAAGGGCAUUUCUGAUGUGAACCAGUCGUUGGUGGACACUUUAGAAGCCCACUUCGUGGUGAAGUGUUUAUUGGGCCGCGGCCGUGGGGCCAUUUGCGACGUGCCGGAGUGUUCCUGGCGGACCUGUGUCACGCGCGGGUCGCGUUUCGACGGAACGAAGGAGGUGACGGAGACCAUUGUGAAGUACACCUCGUUGAACGAAUGCCCCAAGCUCUGAAGGUGAAAGAGCUGUGAAAGUGAUCUGUUUCAGAGAUCGAAACAUCGAAAUUCAUCUAACAACGAGAUUUCGGAUAGAUCAGAAUCCUGCUUCGCCUCUACUACACCUCUCUUUCACCCAAAGAAAUCAUGGAAA